CUCGUUCCUAAAAAAUAAUGUGUGUUUCCACAAGCUGCCACGUAUUUCUAGUUUCGAUUUCUUUGUUAGGCUGUAAAUACGCCACACAUAAAGUGAUAGAUAUAUUGGAAGGAAGUCGAAAUUAAUGAAUAUUCAAAAGCCUCAUUUGAAAAGAAAAAAAUAACGAUUAAACACAAUGACAAUGUAUCUAAAUAGAAUGUGGACAGUUUAUUACGAAGUAUAACCUCUUUCCGCAAUGGUUUACUACAAGGAACUUCUUAAACACAAGGAGAGCCAAAAUUGGUUCAAGGCAUCCGUUGCUUUGCGAAUAGCACAACGUGGACUUCAGGUUUUCAUCGACAAUGGCCUUAGAGACGUUCAAAAGAAGAUAUUCAGCAUCGCCAAAUCCAUGGGCUGCUUAUCUCCAGAUACCAAUUGUACAAAUUGCACGACAGAGAAUCUGAUUCUUUGUCCAACACGCGGUAUUUGUACCAGUCUAAAACGAUGUAAAUUUCAUAAUACUCCACGGAAAUGCCUCCGGAACUGCCCUCAGCAGUUAUGCCAUUUAGUGCGCGACGGGAUUAUUCGGUACCAUCGCUUCUCUGGGCCGUCUUGGAAAAAUACAAAAGCAGAGGGAUGGCAUGCUGAUCAUUGGGAAAUUGGAAAAUGCUAUCUACCGCCGGAUGGCUACAAAGACGUGUCUUCUUCCAUAGAAAGCGACUUCAAUGCCUUAAUAAAUGUGUUGAUUAACUGCACAGAGUUUGAGACAAAACUGUCCAUCGAUUUCACAAGCUCGUCCAACUUGUUGACCAAGAUACGCGAAUAUGGAAGAAACAUUCGACAUUCUCCUGACCAGAAAAUGAAAGACAUCGAGUUAAAUAACUUGUUCCAGAAACUAACUUCGUUGCUUGAGGAUUCAGUCUGUCUCCAAACAGAUAGUGAAGCAGUCAGCGCUGUUAAAAAUUUGAAAGAGCUUCAGAACGAUAAGCUGGUGAUCAGAGUUGAAGAUGAACAGCAAAUACUGUUUGAAGGGUUGCAGAUGCGCUUGGCAAAGUACUACCAAAGAGUGUUCAACUCGUCACUAUUGUGUUCGCUACUGCCAAACAGAGACAGCAAUCCAGACAAGUUGUUCGUAACGCCAAAGCUAAUAGAACGUGACCACCGAAAGAUUGGAAAGCACGGCGAGCAUUUAAUGCGCUUAUCAGUUACCACAUACAGGGACAUCUUCUUUGAAGGCAGUAGUAAAUGCAGCAAUGUGUAUUUGAUUGGCGAACCAGGAAUGGGAAAGACAACUUUAACCAUUAAGUGCUGUCUUGAAUGGAGCGCCCAACACUUGAGAGAAGAAGGAACUUUGGACGAACUCACGGAUAUGGCAGGCAAUGGACAUAUAUCAUUCGCAGAUGCUGAUAUCUUUAAAGAUAUUGACUUUGUUUUUCGUAUUGCUCUGAAGGAGCAAAACAUGCCAGCUCGUUAA